AUGCAACCAUUUAAAUUAUGUCUUGCGAGAUUACUAUCAAGACGAGUAGUGCCCAAACCUCUUGGUCGGACCUCUGCAGCGUGUUGAUGAGAUUAAGCUGGAUCUGGGAGUACCGGAAUUACUUGAUCAUCUUCCUCACCCCGCUUUUGCUGUUGCCGCUGCCUCUGGUAAUUCCAACAAAGGAGGCGUACUGCGGGUUUGCCAUCGCCCUCAUGGCUCUGUACUGGUGCACUGAGGCUCUCCCGCUGGCUGUCACUGCCCUCCUGCCUGUCGUGCUCUUCCCAAUGAUGGGCAUCAUGGAAUCGGGAGAUGUGUGUAACCAGUACCUGAAGGACACCAACAUGCUGUUUCUGGGGGGUCUGCUGGUGGCCAUCGGUGUGGAGCAGUGGAACCUGCACAAGCGCAUUGCUCUGCGAGUGCUGACCAUCGUGGGAGUCAGACCGGCUCUGCUGAUGAUGGGGUUCAUGGGGACCACCGCCUUCCUCUCCAUGUGGAUCAGCAACACGGCCACCACCGCCAUGAUGGUGCCCAUUUCCCAGGCCGUGCUGGAGCAGCUGGACUCCAGCGAGGCCGAGGCUGAACAGCUGGAGAUCGGCAACGGCCAGCCGAACAGUGGCUACGAGCCGGACGAGAAGACAGACGAGAGACCAGCGAAGAGCGAGGAGGCGAAAGACACACCUAGCAACGGCCACGCAGUGAGCAUCGAAGAGGGAGAGGGUUUGGCAGAAGCGAGGGCGCGGAUUCGCAAGGAGAAGUACGCCAACCUGUCCAAAGGGAUGAGCCUGAGUGUAUGCUAUGCAGCCAGCAUUGGGGGCACUGCCACCCUAACGGGCACCACGCCAAACCUCAUCCUCAAGGGACAGGUCGACGAGCUCUUCCCAGAUAACGGAGACGUGGUCAACUUUGCCACCUGGUUUGGAUUCGCCUUCCCCAAUAUGAUCCUCAUGCUGGUUCUGGCUUGGUUCUGGCUACAGUUCAUGUUUAUGGGUUUCAACUUUAAGGAGACUUUUGGCUGCAGAGGGCAAGUUUCGGAGAAGGACCGUAAAGCCAUCCAGGUGAUCAAGGACGAGCUCAAGAAGCUGGGCUCCAUGACCUUCGCGGAGGGAGGCAUCCUCACCGUGUUCGUGCUGCUGGUGCUGCUGUGGUUCACUCGCGAGCCGGGCUUCAUUCCAGGCUGGGCCACCGUCCUCUUCAACAAGGACGGCAAGCAGUUUGUGACGGACGGGGUGGUGGCUAUCUUCAUGGCUCUGGUGCUCUUUGUUAUCCCCUCCGAGCUGCCCAGAUGUUUCUGUUCGGGAAGCGGGAGAGGGGGAGAGGACAGCCAGAAGAUAAAAGCCCCGAGUGCUCUGCUGGACUGGGAUACGGUUCACAGGAAGAUGCCCUGGAACAUCUUGCUGCUUCUGGGAGGAGGGUUUGCCCUGGCCAGGGGGAGCGAGGUGUCUGGUUUGUCUGUGUGGUUGGGUCACGAGCUGGCUCCCCUGCAAAGAAUCCCCCCCUCUGCCAUUGCUGUGCUGCUCUGCCUCCUAGUGGCCACCUUCACUGAGUGCUCCAGCAACGUGGCCACCACCACCCUCUUCCUGCCCAUUCUGGCAUCCAUGGCCCAGGAAAUUGAAAUUCACCCUCUGUACAUCAUGCUGCCCUGCACACUCUGCGCAUCCCUGGCCUUCAUGCUUCCUGUCGCCACCCCUCCCAACGCCAUCGUCUUCUCAUACGGGAAUCUGAGAGUCGUAGACAUGGCGAAAACUGGAUUCAUGCUGAACAUUAUAGGUGUGCUGUCCAUCACGCUGGCCCUCAACACCUGGGGAACGGUCAUAUUCCAGCUGGACACAUUCCCAUCAUGGGCAAACAAAACCACAACCCUUCCCUAAACCCACGGACAGCGAGAGAGGAGACGGGACGGGACCCUGAGCUCAGCUCUGCCCUCCACAGUCGUCAUCACGGUGGGCGAGGGGCAGAGCGCUGGAGACACAUGGGGGGAGUCAGCACUCUGACAUUCUCACAACUGGCUUUUAUAUCUGUUGAAAAAUGUCUCUCUGCUCAACUCCACUUUGCUCUAUCCACCUGUCAUCUCCACCAAGUGGCUUUUAAAAGAGAGAAAAAGAGAGAACUAGCGCAGUUAAACUUGUUCUCAAUGUGCAGGUCCUUUUAAUUGUUUACAAGGUGGGCCCACCCACUUUCCUUGACUCUGUAAAAUGAUCUACCUUUGCACAGACCACGGUCACUUUUUCUUUUUGCGCAUGUUAAUUUUUUAUUACACAUUUUUGUCUUGCCUUUGAUCAACGACGAUGUGUUGAUCCCGAGGGGGAAAAAAACACAAAAACCGUGGCGAUAAACAAAGAGGAUCAUUGCUUUUUAAUAUAAUUUAAAGUCUUAAGCAAGUCGCUCAAAUGUUGCACUUUGUAAUCUGCCACUGUACCCAACACUCCAAGCAGUGUAUACUGUAGUCUCAAGUAUAAUGUAUUCUUUGAAAAUCACACUGUGUGAAUUUGUUUUUUGUUUUUUUUUUCAAAUUCAAAUAUUGCUUGUCAUUAGUUCCAUUGAUUUGCAUUAAUUUAUUUUUCCACAAAAUACUUCAUUCUACCACCAUAAACUCUUUGGUCCUGGAAGAAAGAUAAUUCAAUUUCAUUUAUCAUUUACCAGCCCUCCUUUGAUUUGUAAGCUGUAUAUAUUUUCGGAUGUAUCUUCGAAGGGCAGGGCUGGUGUUUUAUUUCCAAGCCAGUCAUAUUAAGAUAAACGCUUCUGCCAUUUUUUUAAUAAUAUUUUUUUGGGUUAAUUUAACUUUUGGAAAGUGAUCUGUUCUUGCUGUUAUGUUUUAUUUUGUUAUUUUAUUUCUUGUAAAUGCAAAACCACAAAAAAAAAACUAAAAUGUUUUGUAGCAUUUAUAUACACCGCUAUGUACAAACGAUUCAAAUUGGGAAUUUAAACUAACUGAAUUUUUUAAACAGUAAAUAUACCAUUUAAAAAUAUGGAUGAAUAUAUAUUUUUUUUUUAUUGAACAAUAAAUCACAUACAAUUACAGCACAUUUGCUCGGUUUAACCUCAGAUCAAAAUUAUCAACAUACAACUGUUUAAUUAUCGACUCACAACCGCAUUCCCCGAAGGUCGUUAUUGUCUUCAGCAAAUGCAAUGCUUUACCUAGAAUAAAAUGAAAACACGAAACCGCUGUAGUUACAGAAAAUGUGAUCACAGCAUGGAUUUGAGACCUGGCUAAAUGAAAUCAAUCCAGUUUAAUACCCGCGCAAUGGAAAUCCGCACCUCACUUCACAUGCUGGUCAAGCUGUCGAUAAGCUAAAGCAGCAGUUGGCUUCAUCCCUCCUGUUCCGUUUUAUUACAAAAUCGAAAUAAAGGAUUUGCUUCAGCGAGGCUGCUCGGCCCGUGGGAUCCCUCAAGGCUUUGAGCUCUAAAGUCCUUUAAUUUAUAAAGAAAUAUUGAAAUAAAUGUUCA